GUAUCACCACGCACUCCGACGAACGAAAAAACAGAAAAAAGGAAAGUCGCUUUUCGUCCGCCGUUAAUCUCCAAGCUCCUCCUCCCCCUCAAUCUCUCCUUCCUCGUCGUCUCUCCCCAUCCCGAGAUCGCAUCACCGCCACUCGCUUUCCCUCCACCGUCGCCGAGGCGGAGAGGAAAAGGACCCCCGGCCUCCGCCGCCGUCGCCCCUGCCUCGGUCCCUCCUCCCCCGCGAGACACAGUUGCUGGAAUUUCCGAUUGUCUGCUUCAAAUACGUCCUUGCUAUUUCAGUCUCCCAGAACAUAUCUCACUUGAUCAGAUGAAAGACCUGGCUUGGUAUUCUGGCCUGUAGCAUCAUCAGUGUUCUGUGAAUAAAUAGCAGUUCCCUACUUAGAGCGCUGGAAAAUGGAUCGUAGGGACACUUCAGGGUUUGUGAGCGGAGGCUGCGAAGACAAAAUUGAGUACUAGAUGCUAUAUUUCUAACUUGAUAGUUUUGUUAACCAUUAUUUAAGCUGGUCCUUUCCAUAGAGGUUGGCUGUGCUUGGGCACCGGAGAUAGUCACUGCCACUGAGAACAAUGGACCCCAGACUUGGGCCAUCAGCGUUUAACAUAAGCUUCUCCAAUCCAAAUGCCUAUGUGAAUGAGUUCCCUGUCAUUUGUUCAGCCAGCCAUCCAACUGCUAGUUCUAGUCAGGUUCAUGUGCUAGCUCAGGGCAGUUUGUACGAUCUGCCAAGAGGGACCAAGAGAAAAUUCGAUGGCUUGUCGCUCGUUCUCGGAAAUUCAUCAAGCUCCGAUUCUAGCAAGCAAAGCAUGCGUACUAGUUCCACCAUUUCUUCUGCUAAGGGCAGUGGCGAUGAUUCUUCUGUUGAUUUGGGUUCAAGUUAUUUUACUCUGGGCAAUGAAGGUACUUCCACGCUGGAUAAGCAGGCUUGUGAUUUUACAAGGACUAUGGGGAAAUCUGGGCUUGAUCUUGAGCUAUCUUUGUCUGUUGGGCCAUGUCAAUCUUCUAUUACUGGGGCAGAUCUAAGUGCAGCAACUAUACAGAAUAAUACAUAUCUUCAGCCAUGCAUUAUGGACUUUGUCCAAACAGUUGAUGAAGGAUCUACAUCUCUACACCGACCAGAUGGUGGCCAGGUCCGUUCUUAUCUUCGUUCUGCACAGAUGGCUGGAUUUUCUCCUGGACAAAUUUUCCCAGCUAGCUCUAACCAAACUCAAGGUCUGCCAACAUUUCUCCAACCACAAGAAAGUCCAGCAUCCUAUACUUCGGGGUUUGUCAGUCUGCCACACCGCAGCAUUAGCACAAAAAUUUGUUCAUAUCUGGGAUGUGUAAAAGGAGCAAGAGGUUCGUCAGGGCGAUGCAUUGCUCAUGGUGGAGGUAGAAGGUGCCAUAAAGAUGGCUGCAGCAAAGGGGCUGAGGGCAAGACCAUCUUCUGCAAAGCUCAUGGAGGGGGUAGGCGCUGCGACCAUCUUGGGUGCACCAAAAGCGCAGAAGGCCGUACUGAUUUCUGCAUCGCCCAUGGCGGUGGUCGGCGUUGUAUCAAUGAAGGAUGCAGAAGAGCAGCCAGAGGCAAAUCUGGUCGCUGUAUUAAACAUGGUGGAGGAAAAAGGUGCCAACAGGACAACUGCACAAAGAGCGCAGAAGGGCGUUCAGGCCUAUGCAUUGCUCACGGAGGUGGUCGUCGCUGUCUGCAAGCUGGUUGCGGCAAGGGGGCACAGGGCAGCACUGAUUUCUGUAAAGCUCACGGUGGUGGCAAAAGAUGCACACACCCUAGUUGUACCAAGGGUGCAGAAGGAAGCACACCAUUCUGCAAAGGUCAUGGUGGAGGUAAACGUUGUGCAACUCAAGGUUGCACAAAAAGUGUUCAUGGCGGCACCCUCUUCUGUGUCGCACACGGAGGUGGAAAGAGGUGUGUAGUAGAAGGAUGCACCAAGAGCGCAAGAGGCCGUACCGAUCGCUGUGUUGGUCAUGGCGGGGGCAAGAGAUGCAAAUCUGCUGGCUGUGAUAAAAGUGCACAGGGAAGCACUGAUUUUUGUAAGGCGCACGGAGGAGGCAAACGCUGUUCAUGGGGAUCUGACCUUGGAGGCCCUCCUUGCGAUCGCCUUGCGCGAGGAAAAAUGGGUAUGUGUGUCCAUCAUAACCCACUGCUGGAUGACGAUCGCAUUCAUGGGGGGCAAACACUGGGUGCCCUUGUCCAUGGAGAUUGCCUUCCACACACUGAAACAAGCAGGCAAAUCAUCUUCGUGCGUCCAGUGGAGGCUCCUUCUCGUGUGCCGGUCCCGGCUCCUGAGCGUCGGGUACACGGUGGCAGAAGCAUUAUGUCCAUGUUUGCUAAUGGUAUGAGCUUUGGCGACGAAUCCACCAACGAUGCAGAGGCUAGCACUUCUGCAUCUCGCAGCCGCAGACCUGUGAAUGGCUUGGAAGCAAGUAUCCCUGGUCGCGGCAACUGGCUUUAGUGCCCUCAAAAUUCAUCGCCUGCCCUCCACUUUGGUAUGACUCGCUACAUGUCGCAAGUAUCUAUCUUCUGCCCCUGUUCUCCUGUCUGAAGACUAUGGUGUGAUUGUGUGAACUGUCCUCAUGCUCUCUUCGUAUUAAGUAAUUAAUCUCCCCUGUAAGAUAAAAUAAAAGGGGAAAGGUAACAUAAUAGGUGGUCAAGUGUGAGUUCUAGGUCCUGUAUUGCAAGUCUGUAAUGGAAGUCUAUGUGGUGGUAUUCGACGGCGCGUCCAGAGUUACUCCUGUUGGAGGUUCCUGUCAGUAUAUAUCAGGAACAUUACUACAAAUGUUGACUAUGCUGCUACUGCGCUGCUGUAAACAAUAAAUAUGAUGUUUGCAUGUC